AUGUCAGGUGGUACAAAAUGUGUCUUCUGCAGCAAUGGUAAAAUGAAGACAGAGACAGGCUUGAUUGAUUGCAAGUACUCUAUCGUCAUUCGUCCCUGUGGAAUGAUUAUUGUCGAAAAAUGCAAAGUCCGACAUGAGGACAAAAUAAAAUACAACAUUAAUAAGAGGAUUGGUACUCUGCAAGAAGUGUGCAGGUUCUGGAUAUUCUCGACGGCUAUGAACUGUGUUUUCAAAAUAGCAGCUGACAAGAACUCAUCUGGUGCUAGUGAGUUAUCAGUUGACAAGAACUGA